UGAAUGGUGUGAAUGCACUGUGUCUUGUGGGGGCAUGUUAAUUUUUUUUGCUGUUGAGAUGGGGGAUUUAAACAGAAUAUAGGUUACCAUGUCAUAGCCUGACAGUGAGAGAAGUAAGAAAGGGAGGAGCACCUGAAGAUUUUAGGGGGAUCAGACAAGUAUUGGAGGGAAAGCAUGUGGAUCUAUUAAUAGUUUGAUUUCAUUAUGAGGGGGCUGCCGUGUGUGGCGUACCUCGGGAUUGUUUUCAUCUGUUUUCUCACCAGAGACGUUUGUGGACAAGCUAAGCCAUACAUAACUUCGAGUUCACCCACCCAGCUUCAUCAACUGCUCGGGGCCACAGUAAAUUUAUUUUGUCGAGCCAAAGGGACACCCCCACCCGAGGUUGUGUGGUCCAAAAAUGGUAUUCCUCUGGUCAACUCCAAGCGAGUUACCAUUGCACUGGACAAAGAGUCCGUGGAAAUCCGAGACGUCCAGCGUUCAGAUGGGGGGAUCUACACAUGUACAUUUACUAAUUCCAUGGGAGCUGUGUCUCAACGAAUUGAUCUCAUUGUAGAAGGUGCUGCAUACAUUUUAAAUGCUCCGUCAAAUCGGACGACCUUAGAGGGACAAAAGAUUCAGUUUUCGUGUGGUGCUGCAGCAUUCCCAAACAACAUCACGUACCGGUGGUAUUUUAAGAGUCGUAAUGUUCUGACUUACAAUGACAGUCGAUUAUCGGUGUACCCAGAUGGUAAACUGGUCAUUUCACCAGUGUACAAAAAGGAUAUGGGCUGGUACACCUGUCGUCCUAGCAACGGUGUGGGGGAAGAUCCAGAGGCCUCAGCAUUCCUCAAUGUCACGUAUGCUCCCAAAAUUUUGGUGGACCUGAUGCCUGCACAGGUAACAUGGGCCCUGGGAUAUGAGGAGCACCUGGACUGUCCUGUAGAUGCCAACCCCCCGGUCAGGGAGUUCAGCUGGAAGAAGAACACCUACCUUGUGUCCUUCAGUUCUGAUCACAUCACCCUCCUCCCUAAUGGGUCACUACUGGUCAAGCAAGUCCAGCACACAGAUGCCGGGGCAUACAGCUGUAUGCCAGUCAGCUCCAUCGGAAACGGCCCAUCCUCUCCUCUUGUACAGGUCAUUGUGCAAGACCCCCCAAAGUUUAGCUUCCGUCCAGAACCUCAGUACCUCAGAAUUCCAGGGCAGGAUGUGACGAUGAUUUGUGGAGCCACAGGGAAGCCUACCCCAGUCAUACAGUGGAGGAAGGUGACAGGUGUGUUAGACUUGUCAAAGAGUGGGCGUGUCAAGCUAGAAGGUGGGAAUUUAACAAUCAGAUCACUUCAAAAAGAGGACCAUGGAAGAUACGAAUGUCAGGCUGAAAAUGAUGUCAAAACAAUCGUAGUAGGCACAGACCUUAUCAUACAAAUGACCACCCCACAUGCUCCAUACAAUGUAACGGUCAUUCCUGAUUGGUUCAGUGCUAGGAUUAGUUGGAUUCCAGCAUACAAUGGAGGCAAUGACCAGUUUUUCAUGAUAUGGUACCGUAGUUUAAAUGGACAAGUGGCCCAGUGGUCCACAAUGCAGGUCAUCCCUAAAUCAGCCACUGUCUUCACGGUCUACGGACUGACCCCCGACACAUUGUACGAGUUCAAGGUCCUCUCCAGAAAUAGCCUGGGAUCAGGAAACUUCAGUGAAAUCAUGCAGGCUAAAACUAAAGGAAACACUACCAAAACCACACCAAGAUCACCUGGUGAUGAGGCCAGACUACCCACUGCCCUGCCCACAGAUUCCUCCGGGCGGACCUACUAUCCUAUAAUUAAUAAAAGUAUUGGUGCUAGACCUCCACCCCCUAGGAAUGUGACGGCAAGGAUCGAGGACUCUGUCAUUCGGAUCCUGUGGCUGCCCCCUCAUACCAACAUGACCCUGUAUUACUACGUAGCAGAGAGGUCAAGAGAUGGUCAGAAGUGGGAAUCCUUUGAUGAGAGAAUCAAAGUGCCUUAUACAUUCUUUAUCUGGCGAGAGGCUCUCCCAAACGUCGAGUACUACUUCCGAGUGUACUCAUACUCGCUGACCGCGUACAGUGUCCCCAGUGAGGUCGCCAGGGUCAGGACUCCACCAGCAGAGAUUUUUGGACAGAGUGGACAAUAUGUUAGCCUUUCCACUGAGCGGUUGACCACAAUAUCUCCCCAAUCAAAACACGAGUCGGACUUCUUCCUCUCGCAGGCUGAGAUAGGGGGGAUUGUGGGAGCUCUGUUGUUUCUUCUGAUCACUGUUCUCCUAGCAGUGGUGGGGAUCAUCUGUAACAGGAGAAGGCAGAAGCCGGACAAGUUUGGAAACGUUAAAUAUAUUGGACCUGCAGAUGAACUAGACACACGACCAUAUUACAGAGGGUUUCCUUUGUUAAUGCGAGCACAGGAGAGAGAAGAAAGUGAAAAUCCAUCAGAAUGGAGUGGUGGGCGGUCACCACCACCAUCGUCAUCAGGAGGAGGAGGAGCUAACUCUCUGAGGCGGAUCCCCCUUGCCAACGGAAUUUACAUCUUGCCCGACACCCAGGAGAUCCAUAGAGACCAGGGCGUGGUUCCACAGGUUUACAUGGCAGAAUCCAUGCUUUACGACCCUCAUCAGUACAUGUAUAACUCCGAUAAAGGGUACCUGUUGCCCAGUUCUGCAGGUCAUGACCCUGGAGACUGGGAGGGGCUUGAUGAUGACCUUGACAGGUCAAAGCUUGACUCUAGAAACACUUCACACAAUGUGUGGAAAAAUCCGGCCAAAGGGAAAUACCCGCUUUAUUCUGGUUACUAUAGUGAUUAUGACUCUAGUUUUCAGUCUCCGGAUGGAGAUGAUCAUACAUAUGUAAAUGUGCCAUCGCCUCAUUCCAGUGAACAAAGAGUUCCAGACACUUCAUUUCAUUCUCAUCCUCAUUCAUCAGGCUAUCACGGAAGUUAUGUGGACGAUGAUGAUGAAAACGGCUUUGUACCAAAGAGACCUCCCCUUCCAAAAGAGUACCAGAGAAUUGCCUCUGGAAGAUCCAUUUCUAUGUAUGACCCACUUUAUGAAAAUGUGAAUUCUUCUUUUGCUGAUGAUGUGUUCCUACCUCCUACUCAAGACUUUCCGGGGAGACAUUCACUGCCUCGACACAGCUCCAUGAAGCCCUCUUACCAGACCUACCUUACUGGGGACCCUGUAGAGGAUGAUGGAGGAUUCACCCAACCAUUCGGUGCCGAGGAUAUUUCUUCUGUGAUGCCAUCUUUCAACGAAUCUUUCAGUGGUACCAGAGACAGAUUUGCUUACUCUCCUUACAAGGACACAAAUUCUAGAACUUUGCUAGAACAACCAAAUUGGAGUGGUGCUGAAAUAAACAAUUACCCAUUAUCCACAAGUGAAAGAUAUUCAAGACCAAAGAGAAGAGAAAGUGAUAAUAGACUCAGGUCACGUUCAAGUGAUCACGCUUAUGAUGAUACGAGACAUUCCUUUUUAUCUGAUUCGUAUGACUACCCAGAGGAUACUACAGUAAGACACAUAUCCCCAACCAAAAGAUCUCCCAAAAAUGACUUCUCCUUUGGUCCUUCACAGUAUACGAGGGACCAACUCCAAGGAGCUGUUGAGAAAAUUCGGAAAGGUCCAAGAGCUCGGAGAUCCAAGUCUGCAGGGCGUCUUCCAUCACAGGAAACUAAUUUCCCAUACUCAUAUUCUCCACAAGUUGUUCCAAAUCUCAGUUUUACCCCAGGGAUAGGGAACAGUCAAUAUGAUGAUCACUCAAGACAGAGAUACUCACAUGAAAUAGCUCCUUAUAAAGGUGAGAGGGGAAGUCGAUCAAGCGUGAACAGUUCUGGUCGGGGAAGUCUCGGAGCAAGGCAUCGUUAUCCAACAGAACCUCGGUCCUAUGCUCCAGAAGAUCUAACACCAGAUUCCCUCAGCAGUGGGAGGGGAAGUCGAAACACGUCACAAGCAACUGGAUCCUCUCAACAUUCCCGCAUUCCUCGAAACUCCCUCAGUUCCUACGCUUCACCACAGGAACAUGACCUCAGCCAGGAUUCCUCUCCAUUCCUUGACGCCACGGGAAGCCUUCAGAAGGAUACAUCUGCCGAUGAUAAUUAUGAGUUUGACUCACUACAAGCCUUGGAGGCUGAUCUCAUCAACACCCUCCGCAGCUAUCCACUAGCCAAUCAGAGUGAAGAUCUUAGGAUGGCUAUUGAAAGCGGCCUCAAUACUUCUGACUUUUAUGAUAAUCUGUAUCCGAAACCGAGAGUCGAGAGUCAGUAUGACGAUUCAGAGGCUAGGUUUGAGAAGCUGCGUCAAGAAUUUCAUCAGUUUCGUCGAAAGCAACAAGAAAUCUCUCAACAAACACGUCUGGCGAUGGAUAGUGAUAUGCUGUAAAUUUGUAUACAUCCCAUUCCAAUUAUGAUGUAAAUAUUUAACUGUUUCUAAAACAAGAAAAAUCAUAUCUUCAUUAAUGUCUACUUAACUUGAAAGCAUUCUGCGCUUUCAUAAAAUUUACAUUUCUAUGUUUUUAGGUAUAGCUUACAGUGUUCAAUGAUAUUUUGUUAAUGAUUUGUGAGUGCUUUAAAAAGCUGUAUGCAUGCAUGUGUAAGUGGAUAUUUUAAAUUUUUGAUCUCGGAAAUGUUAGCCGUCGUGGCUGUACAAGAUAUGGGUAUUUAUGAUAACUUUUUAUUCCAACUUUUUGUUUUUUUUAUUGCACACUAGCGUGAUGUUCAUGACCGAUUUUUACGUGCACCUGUUGGUCUGUUGUUUUUUCUGUUUUUCACGAUAAUUGUUAUAUUUGGUUCAAGGAACCAGUUACAGGAUGAAUUCCAUUGAUUGUUGUUGUAAAUGGUGAGACAUAUCAUGACAAAAGCUUUUAAAUUAUAUAGAUUUCUUUGAAUUGUUAAAUUUUUUCUUUGAGAUUACCUUUGAAAAUAUUUACUAAUAGAAAUCAAUUUUUGAAAAAUUAGUAAAUUUCUAAAAAGCUUUGAAAACAUUCUUCCUUGAUAUUUUUGAUUACCUGAAAUUUCAUCAAUGUAGUUUUCUCCAUUGGUUGACAUAUACACAUACAAUGUAUAACAAUGAAGUUUGGCUAUCUUAAUACAUGAUGCAACACAUGCAAGUCACAAGUAUAAGUCAGUCUAUAGGUUACUGUGUUAUGAAUGCAAGUCCUUACUUUGAUAUCCUGAACUCUCAAUAUCUAGACAUUUUGUCCCAUGGAGUUUGAGGCAUCAAGGUUUUACUAUACACUUUUUCAAUUGUUUUAAUGUAUUUAUCCCUUUUUUCUUUAUUGGCAAUCUUGUUUUAUUUUAUACCAAAUGAAUUGGGCAGCAAUAUUAGAUAUAUAUGAAUCACUGUUUCUUUGUACUUUAUGGUAGAUUUUUAGCUCAGUUUAUUCUUAUAUUUAUCAUAAGCACUUUUUCUUUAUUGAUUUUACAUGAAUUCCUUAUCAUUUGUCACAAGUACCUAUUUUUAUGACACACUACAUUAUCUAUUAUAUGUAUUUAAUUGUUGCACAAGUGAAUGUUGCAUGGAAAUCAUAUUUAUUUGUAUGGUUGUAUGCAUCAAUGUGAGAUGUAUGAUAUCUUUCUGCCAUUUUUUUUAAAGCUUGAACAUGAUAUAAAACCAAAUAUUGGAAAAGAAAUAAAAUUUCUUGAGAUAUCAGU